GUUCCUCGUCUAAUUCUCUGGCCCAUGGGCUUGACCAGAACCGGUGGCCGUAUAGCCCGGGCCGGGCCCAAGCCCGAAACCUACAUACCUGAGUUUCUGUUUUCCGUCCCUUCUAUCACUUUGAUGCAGCUUCUGUCUCUUUCAGCCGCUACGGUAUCCGAACUUCCGUUGUUGACGCUUGCAAACACCUUCAGCACGUUUAGUCGCAUAACACAACCCAAGAGAAAAUGACUCAUGAGAAUACAGUAGGCGUUGAGAUAGAUUAUGAAUAUGAUGAUUGCAAUAAUUCCAAGCGCCCAAAAAUGACUUCUAAAGUAUGGGAAGAAAUGCAGCGAAUUCAAACCAUCGAAGGGAGUAAGGUUCUGUGCAGACACUGUGGAAAACUGUUGCAAGAUAACUGUGGGACUUCUCAUUUAAAGCGUCAUUUAAUGAUAUGCCCUAAGCGUCCUAAACGUCUGGAUGCUACUACUCAAGAUUCAAUGGCGUCAGGGUGUUUUAGAGCUCUUCCCAGUAGUGCUAGAGAAUCUGGAUUAAACACAGUGCUUAUGGUUCGUCCGUUGAAGAUCGAGCCUGAAUCACAAGUCCCAUACUUUUUUCCGACUUCAAAUAAUCGAGUUCCAACUAUUGCAUCCACUGGAAAUGCUCCCAGUUCCAUUCAAGAACUACGUGCAAAAACUAGUUCCCCCCUUAUGCUACCUACCAUUGAAUCUCCCAAGAAUCAGGUGGAACUCGCUCUGGAUGACGUAGAAAUGAAAGCAUUUUAUGCUUCUCUUGAUGCAGAGACCUCGGUUAUGUCUCCUUCUCAAGAUAUCACAGUUGUUACUGAAUUAUCCAACUCCACACCCUCUGAAGAGACUAAGAAAGCAUUGAAAACCCUGCAAGACCUUCUUUCCAAAGACUUCACUGAUCUAUUGCAUACUGGACAAUCUGGUACCAUCAAAUCCUCCAUAGAAUAUCUUGCCAAGUUAUCUGCAGACGAUGGAAUCUCUGCAGAAAUGAGGUUGUUGAUAUUAGAAGUUUCUAGGGAAUUCACUCGCUGGAGUUGUGACUACAACGAUGCUAAUAGGAAAAUAGAAUCUGCCAACACCAACAUCUUGAAAGCAGAUAAACUUGAAGAAAAUCUUGAAGCUAACAAGAAGGAGUUCAAGGAGGUUUCGUCCUUAGAGAAUGAAUUAAGCAACCAGUUAUCAUGUUUGGAGAAAAGGAAGAAAGAGCUGGAGGAGCAAAUAAAUGCAAUUAAAGCUAACAUUUCUGUUUUUCAAUCAGCUAAGGUAACCAGUACGAAGAGAAAAAGAGAAGCUUUUGAAGAAGCAAAGAUUCUUAAAGCUCAAAGAGAUGAGUUGAAGGAACAAGUGCCUCACUUGAAGAAUGAGUUGGAAGUGGCCAAGAAGAACCAAGCACAUAUUCGAGCUGAAUGGUCAAAGCUUGGAGAAAAAUUUAACAAAAGCUUGAAUGGGAUGAAUCAUGAGGAGAACUUGGAUGGUAAAUCCGUGCAGGAAAAUUCCAUUUAACAAACUGAGUGUCGAUGUCAAUACCUUCAUACCAAAUCCAUGAUGAGCUAAAAAUAAGCUCUGAUAUUCGUUAUACAUUUGGUGGAAAAUGAAACAAUUUUACCAUUGAUUUUAAUUUCAUGAUCUUAUCUAUAACAAAGCACAUUAUUAUUUUUGUUA